AUGACGGACAGGUUGGCAGGUGCUGUCGCCCUUGUGCAAAAUGCGCGUGCACGGGGGUUCAGUGUCCACGACACGGCUUAUGCCGCGCUCGUGCGCAAUCUCAAGCGCGCUCUGGACAUGACCAACCUGCAACUAGUCCAAAAGCUGCGCGAGACAGAAGCCCGGAGCCCCGAGCACCAAGAGUCCCGUCUGCGUGUCCCGAGGUUCAAUCUUUAUCGCCCGCCAGCUGCGCUGCAGGCAAUGACUCAGUACCCUGACAGGAGCAGCUUAGCAGCCGCGCUCCGAAUUCUACGCCACAGUUGUAUGUUCUCGUCCCGUUACCCCCUCCCCAGUGCUCUCGCAACCUUCAUUGAAGCGUACAGGUCAGCCGGUCAAUCGCGCGCCCUCCACAUCCUGCGCGCACGGUCGUAUAAAAGGGCGCCGGCCACAGCGAUGUGGGCCCUGUCCGAGAUGCUGUACUACCACCGCCGGAACCGUGGCCACAUGCUCCUCCUCACCUUCAUCCACCACUUCCACAUGAUCGGCGUGCCGCAAUGGGCGGUCUGGCGUAGCGUUCGGACUAUGGAACGCGCCGAGAAGGGGGGUGCGGAUUCCAAUUAUGCGCGUUAUGCCGUGUUGUACCCUCCUCAACCCCUCGGUGCGAAGCUGUUCCCGUCUACCCACCACACUGCACUCGUCUGGCAUGUCACUGCACAGUCCAUGCGCUCCACCCAGAGCUUGGAAGAGCUUUACCAAGAGCUCCUCACACAAAUAGCAGCUGCUAGAUACGCGGCUGCCCCCGCUCCGGCCCUGUCCACCUCUCCGGCCUCUCCGACACCUUCGACCUCUACCUCUUCGCCGAACGAACCGCUAACAGACGUUGCGGAACCACAGGCAAAUUCUGCGGAAAUUCUGACCGACAGCGCGCACCCGCCGGAUGACUCUUUGGACGCACGUCGCGCAUCUUACCCGGCCUUGAUUGUCCCCCCCAUGAUGUACGACUCCGGCCACUUCAACGCGUUCGUGCUGGCGUUCGGACAGCGGAGUGGACCAACGCGCGCUGCGCAGGUCGUCGCUGACAUGUACCGCCACGGUAUCCAGCCGAGCGUCGAGACGCUGACGAUGCUCAUAGCCUCCUUCGCGAGCAUUGGCGACGUUGGGAAGCUGACGACGCUUCUUGACCGCAUGGAGGCGUCCGCCGACAACGGGACACGCUCGGGGGAUGUGUCCAGUCAGGUGGGGGUUGCAUCCUCUGUUCAGAAAAUGGGCCCGCAACUGCCCCCGCCUAACGUGGUGACCUACACGGCUGUCAUCAAGUCCCUGAUGGAUGCGGAGAAACUCGAGGAUGCCCUUGCAAUCGCUCAGCGAUUGAGGACGAAACUUGGAUAUGUGCUCGGUACCAACCACAUCACGGACAGCGUACUGAAUGAAUUGGCGGUGCGUUACGUCAACCCCUCACAACCUGUAGAUCACGGCACGCAAGUUCAGGGCUUUACGCAAUUCGACCUCCUCGAGAGCAAAGCAACGGUUGAACUAGCUCCUCCGCCAAGGCUUAUUGAACCUCCGGCGUUGGCUGGCUGUGAUCCAUGUGCGCGGGAAGUGCCCCUUGUCCUGACCAGCGACUGCACUGGCCAAGUCCUGCCCGCGCAGGUUGCCACCUAG